AUACCACUACUCGCUAGGCCGACCUAUGAUAGCGGGGACAUGGGAUACUCGAAUGCAAUCUACGACCUUGUUGCGGACCCCAGGGGGAACGGAUCAGUCGUCUUCUCGGAUGGGACCGGUUUGUAUUUCUUCUCACAAACUCGUGCAAUCGAGAAGGUUGCCCUGGCCAAGAAGUACGGACUGCACGGCAUUGGACUACAAGCCGGCGACGGUUUCGUGCUGAACGAUUUAUACCCUUGGGACGCAGACUCCCUGUUUCACGGCAUUGCUUCAACUCGCGGACGAUCCCUCACCGAGUAA